AUGUCGAAUUUGAGUCCAUGGGGCUUAGCAAAGGAGACAGUGCCGGAAUGGAUGGAAGUGGACAAAGUCGAGGAUAACAUGGAUACCCUCGACCAAGCUGUGCUAGUGGGAGGCGCAGUUGUUGAGAAUGACUGUGUUGACGUUGUGGUGGCUUCAGAUGGCACUGGCUAUGCUGCUAAUUGGCGAGCAUGCCCCAAGGUCCGACCUAUGCUACGACAGCUCCUAUCAGUGGGAGGACCGGCCGCUCCAGGCUCGACGCGCAAGCUGACUGUGGCUCAUGCACCGUCUCUAUUCUUAGGGCUCUCCACGAACCCAUACAGCUACCCUUACGGCGACGGCAAGAACUAUGACUGUGCCAACUUUGGUGUCUUCCAGCAGAACUGGGGUAUACUUCGUGUUCGCGCGUCUGUUUACGGCUUGUAG